AUGGUUUGGAAUGAUACUUUGCACAGCACACAACCAGGGUCAGCUUCAUCUACAAUCCUUAACAAUGGCGUUUACCAGCCUUCCACCAAAACCGUACUGCCGGAGGACGGUGUUUACCAGCCUUCCACAAGAACUGCACUGCCGGAUGACGGCCUCUAUCAUCCAAUGAGAUAUGCCGGUGGACAGAAUCAACCUAUUGUACCGAACACCGUUGCUCUUCAAUUGGACACACAAACGAAGGCAGCGACCAAAACACCUUCACUUUUGAAAGGUCUUCCCGAAGUUCCAUUGGCACUAGCCACUGCCCAGUCUGCCAUCGUCGCUCUGCCUUCCAUCCAGGAGACUACAUUCAGCAGAGCAAGUCAUCCCACUGUCGUUCCGACCGCAAGUGAAGAUGCAGGGAUGCCAGAAAUAUCAGCGACUCUUCUACCGAUUCCAGUCAACGCAGAAAGAUUGGACAAAUUAGAAAAAUCGGACAAACCAGACAAAUCACACAUCUAUGCUAUACUCAGCGUGCUGGCAGUUACUUUUCUGAUCGCAGUUUGUGUUCUCAUCUGGCUGCGCAAGCAGAAAAAGAAGAGGGAAGCAAUUCUUCUAAGGUUUCACAAUCAAGACAAACCGUCAUUGGAUACUUCCAGUCUAAAUAGCGGGCAACUCAAGACAUUACUGUCGAGGAUGAAGAGCAGAGGUGCUGCAUCCUUCGAGACAGUCAUCAGAUCAGCGCGCAAAGAACACAGCGGCGAUAUUGGAACAUGGCCUAUGAAUUGGUGGACGGAAGAAUCCAAGGAAAACCAGAAAUCUCGCAAUGCGCAUCCACAUACAAGCUACAGAGGCUUCGAUCGCCGGCUUCUGAAAGACUUGAUUUUGCAAGCCAAAAGGACCAGUGUGGCCAUGUUUUACGCCCUUUCCGGCAUACUCAGGCAGCGAGAACCCCCAAAGGCUCAUCCGCGACCCCGUGAAUCACGGACAAGUGAUGUUUGGUCAGCAACUAUCAACAGCAGUGCUGAAACGAUUUUCUCCGGCCUCCUCCACAGCCCAAUCCUCGUCACAGACGGGUCUCACUCCGUUUGCAAAUGCAUCCAAGAACCUACACCAGCAGUGCUUCCAUUGCAACAAUGCUUGGAACCUCUCUGUCUGAGUGAAGUCCUCUCCACAACCGAUGAAAAGGUGGAUCAGUUGAGUGACUUCAAUGGAAGUUCUUGCACCGUUAGCAGGGUGUCUACUACAUCAACGAGAUCGGGGCCUAAGCAGCCGACAAAUAACGUGUAUCAGGACCUCAGACCCAAGUUGUCCAGCAUAAGCCUGUUCCGGAAGGAUGUAUAUCAAGUUCAAAUGAACUAUGAAUCCCGAAACGAGAGCCAAUUGAGCCUUUGCGAGGGCCAAAAUGUUCUCAUCACUCAAAUCCUUGAUGAUGGUUGGGCAUACUGUCAGAUAAUCGGAAGCAAGAAAGAGGGACUUGCCCCCGUGCAUGCAUCUCUGCUUGGCCUGUAA